AUGUCCGAACUUGCCAACGAUUUGCUUAAGAAAAGGGCACGGCAGUUAGAUCCUCCGUCGAGGUUUUCCUCAGAGGAAGCGGACUCCCUAGGUCAAUUGCCAAAUUUUAGAAAAAAUGAACUACAUCUUAGUACCCAAAACUUACCUGAUAUCACUUCAUUUUUCUCGCAACUUGAGGUAUUCACGAAUGAUAACGGCUAUAAGUUUCAGACUUAUUACAAACCACCCCGCAACAAAGUUGACGAUUCGUCAGUUAUUUUUGUCAUGCAUCAUGGUGCUGGAUCAAGUGGUGCCACCUUCGCUAAAUUAGCAUUAGCUAUCGAAACACAAUGUGAGAUGCAAUCUAUAUGUAAUGUUCCGGGUGUCUUCACAUUUGAUAUGAGGGGUCAUGGGCGUACGGGACUGCUCAACUCUUCCAGCGAGGAGAACAAUAAACUUUCAUUUGACAAGUUAUGUGACGACUUUCGGCUCUUGCUUCAAUGGUUUCAUGAAAGGUACAUUUCAGAGGGGCCUCCCCCUAGCUAUUUUUUCGUCGGACAUUCACUUGGGGGUUCAAUCUUGACUAAGGUCAUAUCAGAUGAUGUGAACAAGAAUGUCUGUCUCGAGAAAAAUUUGGGGCAAUUAAUUGCUGGUUUGGUCAUGAUUGACAUCGUCGAAGAUACUGCUGUCAAAGCCCUUUCUGCGAUGAACAGCUACUUGAAUGCAACACCCAAGCAAUUCCCUUCUAUUGAGCAUGCUGUUCGAUGGCAUAUUGACUCAAACCUACUGCACAAUCAUGAUAGCUCACUCAUAUCGGUGCCAAGUUUAUUCACUCGCACUGAAGAAGGACAGUUCAAAUGGAUCAUCGAUUUACGGAAAACCGAAACGUUUUGGCAAGAAUGGUUCAAAGGUUUGUCAAGUAGGUUUGUCAGCAUACCCAAUCGCGUCUCCAAGUUGCUUAUCUUAGCCAAUAAUGAUUAUUUGGACAAAGACCUGAUGAUAGGACAGAUGCAAGGCAAAUAUCAAUUGGUUGUUUUUCACAACAAUCAAUUGAAGCACGUCAAUACACUCACCACAGCUACUCAAACUAUACCAUCGGAGGACGCAAGCGACCUAGGACAUUUCGUGCAUGAAGAUAUCCCAUUCAAAGUGGCCGCAUGCCUGCUCGACUUUGUUGAAAGAAAUGAUUACAGCUUUGCAUCUUCAAACUCGUCAUCGUCAAAUAUCAAGUCUCAAGUGGACUUGCUUACUGCAUUAAAUGCAAAGUGGGGAGUUUCUCAAUGA